GAAGGAUGCGGCCAGCGCCACGACGUCGCCGGCACCGCAAGCGUCUUCUUGUUGGUCGGAGCUUG